AUGAUUUUCUGGUCAUUGAUAUUUUCUCUAUUUAUCGGAAAGUCUUUAUCUUUAUGGAAACCAUUUGUUGAUUCAUUAGUGAAAGAACUGAAUUUGGCUGCUAAUCCAUGCAAUAAUCUACAAAAUUUCAUUUGUGAUGCCAACUUUCCCAUUGGAAAUCUUUCUUUUUAUGAAAGACUUGGUUUUAUAAAACCUGGCCCACUCGGACCACAAUGCGACAUGGAAACGAAUAUUGUUAAAAUAUUGAGAAGAAUAGCUUCAAAAUUUGAUACAAAUGAUUUAAAGAAAGAAUCGAGUGAACGAAUGGAGUUUGAAUUUGAGAAAGUUAGAUGGGAUUGCGAGAGAAAUUUGACUUGUUAUGAGGAAAAAUUUCGCUUUUACACUGCUCUUUUUCACCAUGCAGAUGCGAUGAAAACUUUUCAAUUACCUGAGAACAAAAACGUUUAUACGAUGAGAGACGCAGUGCAUCAAGUGCUCAAGGUCAUCGAUGAGAAAAGUUUUGACGAUUUUGAGGCAUUGAAAUGGUUACAUGCUUUGGCAAGUCGUCGUUGCUCUGCCUAUUACACGUGGAAAGCAAAUCGAACACCGUAUCGAAUGGCUGAAUUCUAUAAACAAUUGAUUCGAGUGCACAAUGCGGUUUUUCAAGCAACGAAAGGACUAAUAGAGAGCGAUUCAAUCUCCAAUGAAACCAAGUGGAGAAUUGAUCUCGAUCGUGUCUCCUUCUUCACUCCUUACGAUAUUUACUACAAUACACCCGAGUUCAUCAAUUCAAUCUAUAAUCUUUAUGAAAUUGAUCAAUUAAGAGAGAAAGCUUCAAAAUCCACAUCAAUGUUCGAUAUGAAACUACAAUUGUUGAACACGUCGAGGAAUGCUCAUGUGAAGAUGGCGACUCUCGGAGUGGAUCGGCCACUUGAAAUUAUGAGCUUUGUAACUAAACCGACAAACCGAAAUUCGACAAUGGAAAAACUUAGUGCUUUCAUUGAACACAACUUGUCGUCUCCAUUAAAGUUUGCUACCGUCGGCUUCCUUGUGGCCAACGAAAUUCUCGAUCAAAUUUGGCCUAAUAAUGAUAAGAAUGAGAAUUCGAUAACAAUUGAAUCAGGGAACUGUACUGAAAAGCUUAAUCAGAAUACUGCCGCCUUAGUGAUCGCUUGGAAUGCUUUACUACAACAAAAAUCUUUAUUAUAUUUACAAAGUCCAAUUCCAACAAAAGUGCGCGUUUUCUCUCGAGGACAACUCUUUUUUGUUGCCGCUGGUGUUCAUUUUUGUUCUGAUUUAAAAGAUUUGCCUCAAAAAUUAUUUCAAAAAUUUGAUCAAAUCUUUUAUUGUUCAAAUGGAGAAAGUAAUGAGACUUGUAGCUUCGAUUUUAUUGGUAUUUCAAAGAUGAAAGAUACGAAAAUUGGAGAUAAAAGUACUGAAGAAUCUGGAGAAUCUGUGGAAACAUUGAUUGAGUCAAAAGAGAUUACGACCACUGCUUCACCAAAUACCCAGAAAUUCACAGCAUUUUUCUCGAGAACCACAAAAAAACCCAAAGUGAUCACUACAAAUACUUUCAAGAAACAAAUUACGGUAGCCAAGUCAGCAAAUACAACUUUAUUUAAAAGUGUUGAUCUAAAAAAAACCUCAUCUCCUCUAUCAAUACCUCUUGGAAGAUUGGCUGACAACUUGACUCAUCCCAUCAUCUUAAACCUGAACAUAACCAUUAUCUCAAAUACAGGAAAGAAACAAGAUGAGAAUUCAAUUAUUUCUAUUAUUGAUAACUUUUGUUGGAUUCAUUGCAGCUCACCGACAAAGGCACUCAAAAAGAUCGGCCACAAUUACUUACAAAACAAAAGAGUUUGUGUAAUGGAACGAUUGACUGGUGUAAAGCACACUUUCUGUCCGACGAGUCGUCCUAAUGACCCCAUUGAUUGGCCGUGUAUUCGAGUUGAUGAUCUCUGCAAUGGAACUCCGCAAUGUCCGGGAGGAGAAGAUGAGGAUCCUGAUCUCUGCAUGUUCUUUCAAGCGCAAAACGUCGCUUUUCAACAGAUGAAGCGAAAAGUGGUCACUAUGUUGAAGCCAUAUAUGGAAACAAAGACAAAAACAAAAAGUGAUCAAGAAUUUAUCAAAAUC